AUGAUGCGGCUUUUGGAGGGAUUUAAAUCCAAAAUGGCGUCAUUUGGCAUACUAUUGUAUGCGUAACGUUUGUGUGCCCGGUACUCAUACACAAAAACACGGCGAAAUUUCAAUUGACAAAAUAAAAAGACUGCAUUCUAAAACUCGAGAAGUUGAGUAUCGAGUAAAAAAACCACGUGAAAUCGUGAAAAUGUCGAAAUCGGAGGAAGGAGGUGAGCCCGGUGACAAUGGAGAGAACUCAAACGAGUCAUCAGCAGGAACAUCAUCAUCGCGUGGCGGUGAUUUUGAGACAAAAUUGGAGACUGAUCGGUCAAAGCGUUUUGAUUAUCUCCUCAAACAGACCGAGAUAUUUUCUCAUUUUAUGACCAACAACCAAAAGGACAAAGCUGGCAGUCCGCUGAAAGUACGUCCAGGACGUCCGAGGAAAGUUCAACCCGAAGCCAACCUCAAACCGUCAGACAAUGCGAGUGAUCACAGACACAGGAAAACCGAGCAGGAGGAGGACGAGGAACUUUUGGCUGAAAGUAAUACAAGUGUAGCGCCAAUAACGCGUUUUGAAGCCUCUCCUCACUACAUUAAAUCCGGUGAAUUGCGUGACUAUCAAAUUCGGGGAUUGAAUUGGAUGAUAUCACUGUAUGAGAAUGGCAUCAACGGUAUUCUAGCAGACGAGAUGGGUCUUGGUAAGACGCUACAAACAAUUUCACUCCUCGGCUACAUGAAAAACUUUCGGAGCAUCCCAGGGCCCCACAUUGUCAUUGUACCAAAGUCCACAUUGGCAAAUUGGAUGAAUGAAUUUAAAAAAUGGUGUCCAUCAUUGCGUGCUGUUUGUCUGAUUGGUGAUGCCGAAACCAGGAACACAUUCAUCAGAGACGUUAUGAUGCCAGGUGAGUGGGACGUGUGUGUGACAUCUUACGAGAUGGUUAUCAAAGAAAAAUCCGUAUUCAAAAAAUUUAACUGGAGAUACAUGGUGAUUGACGAGGCCCACAGGAUCAAGAAUGAAAAAUCAAAGCUGUCUGAGAUUUUACGUGAAUUCAAAACAGCUAAUCGUUUAUUAUUGACUGGUACACCACUGCAAAAUAACCUGCAUGAACUUUGGGCCCUUCUGAAUUUUUUACUGCCAGAUGUUUUCAACAGCUCUGAUGAUUUCGACUCCUGGUUCAAUACCAACAGUUUCCUGGGAGAUAAUCAACUUGUCGAGCGUUUGCAUGCAGUUUUAAGACCUUUUCUGCUGAGACGUUUGAAGGCUGAAGUGGAAAAGGGUCUCAAACCGAAGAAGGAAAUCAAGGUGUACAUUGGAUUGAGCAAAAUGCAGAGAGAAUGGUACACUAAAGUCCUCAUGAAAGACAUUGAUAUUGUCAAUGGUGCUGGUAAAAUCGAGAAGAUGAGACUUCAAAAUAUUCUGAUGCAGCUACGUAAAUGUUGUAAUCAUCCAUACCUCUUUGAUGGAGCUGAGCCAGGUCCACCUUACACCACUGAUGAGCAUCUGGUUUACAACUGUGGUAAAAUGGUUAUUCUCGAUAAAUUAUUACCCAAAUUACAGCAGCAAGAGUCCAGAGUAUUGAUAUUCAGCCAGAUGACGAGGAUGUUGGACAUUUUGGAGGAUUACUGUCACUGGAGGAACUUCCAAUACUGUCGUCUAGAUGGUAACACAGCCCACGAGGAUCGUCAGCGUCAAAUCAACGAAUACAAUGCUCCAAACAGCGAGAAAUUCAUUUUUAUGCUGUCAACACGUGCUGGUGGUCUUGGUAUUAAUUUAGCAACAGCUGACGUAGUUAUCAUUUAUGAUUCCGAUUGGAAUCCACAGAUGGAUCUUCAAGCUAUGGACCGAGCACACAGAAUUGGACAACAGAAGCAAGUACGUGUUUUCAGAUUUAUUACGGAAAAUACUGUUGAAGAGAAAAUCGUUGAACGUGCUGAGGUUAAAUUGAGACUCGAUAAAUUGGUAAUCCAGCAAGGUCGACUUGUUGAUGCUAAACAAACGGCAUUGAACAAGGAUGAGAUGUUGAAUAUGAUUAGACAUGGAGCCAAUGCAGUAUUUGCAUCGAAAGACAGUGCGAUAACUGAUGAGGACAUUGAUACUAUUCUCGAGAAAGGUGAACUGAAGACGAAGGAAAUGAAGCAGAAACUGGAGAGCCUGGGUGAGUCUUCGUUGAGGAAUUUCACUGUUGAUGCACCAACAGACUCGGUCUACCAGUUUGAGGGGGAGGAUUAUCGUGAGAAGCAGAAGAUACUGGGGAUUGGUAACUGGAUUGAGCCACCGAAACGUGAGAGAAAAGCUAAUUACGCUGUCGAUGCGUAUUUUAGGGAAGCUCUUAGGGUAUCUGAACCAAAAGCACCAAAGGCACCAAGACCACCCAAGCAGCCCAUUGUUCAAGACUUUCAGUUCUUUCCACCUAGACUCUUCGAACUUUUAGAUCAGGAGAUUUAUUAUUUCCGUCAGACUGUCGGUUACAAAGUUCCAAAAAAUCCUGAAUUGGGUUCAGAGGCUGCACGAGUCCAGAAAGAAGAACAGAGGAAGAUUGAUGAUGCUCAGCCACUUUCUGAUGAGGAAGUUACUGAGAAGGAAAAACUGCUGACUCAGGGAUUUACAAACUGGACAAAACGAGAUUUCAAUCAAUUUAUCAAAGCAAAUGAGAAAUAUGGAAGGGAUGAUAUUGAGAAUAUUGCCAAGGAAGUCGAGGGGAAAACACCUGAAGAAGUUAUGGAGUAUUCUGCUGUCUUCUGGGAACGUUGCCAUGAGCUUCAGGACAUUGACAGAGUUAUGGCACAGAUUGAACGAGGUGAGGCCAAAAUUCAGAGACGCGCUGGUAUCAAGAAAGCACUUGAUGCGAAGAUGGCAAGAUACAGGGCACCUUUCCAUCAACUCAGAAUAGCAUAUGGUACUAACAAGGGUAAAAAUUAUACAGAGGAGGAGGACAGAUUCUUGGUUUGCAUGCUCCAUAAACUUGGCUUCGACAAGGAAAAUGUGUACGAGGAACUUAGAGCCACGGUCAGAUCUGCCCCACAAUUCAGAUUUGAUUGGUUCGUCAAAUCCAGAACUGCACUUGAAUUACAACGCAGAUGUAAUACUCUGAUUACACUUAUCGAGAGGGAGAAUCAAGAGUUGGAGGAGAGGGAGAGGCAAGAGAGGAGGAAAAAAGGUGGUAACGUUGGCGCUAAACCCACUAGUAAGAGGAAGCAAGAGAAUCUACCAGCACCACAGGACAAACCGAGGAAAAAGAAGAAGUGAAAUUACUCAUUUGAACAUUCACCCUUUUUUUUUAUCUCUCAAGAAUAAUAUUCUUUCCUAUCUUUUUCAUUAUGCACAGACUGGAAUUUUUCUAUCAUUUUUACAUCAUCAUUUAGUUUUCUCCGAGAUUAAUACAUGUAAUAUCGCCAAGCUUUGAACCAUUGUUUCUCUUCAUUAAUUUAAGCUCACAAUUGUGUGUGAAUUUUUCCUCUCCAAUUCCUUAGAAAAUCUCCCAAAAUUAAUUCAAUUAUGAUUGUCUCAUUCAAGAUUGUAGAAGGUAUUAAUAUUAUUUAUAAUUCUCGGAUGACCCAGAGGUCAACGAAAUGGACUACACCGAUUUAAUCAAAUUCGAACAUGUUUAUUUGUAAGUUUUCAACGGAGAUGAAUAAAUCAGCGAAUAAAAUUGAGUAAAAGUUUGUCGUAUAUAUGUUUUUAUUAUUUUUAUUAAAU